GGCUCCACUCACAAUAUGAUAUCUUGGUAAUCAUGUGAAUGCCAUGAAAGUAAACGACCAAUCGACAGUGGCGAAGGAGAUGGGCAGGAUCGUAUUGAUGGAGGCAUCGAUCAUCAUCAAUGACUCAGCCAUCUCCUCAGAGCUUAGAGUCUUCGUUCUGUGCAUGGCUGCCGCUGCCAUGGCCGUAGUUAUCUUCAACUGCGGGCGCAGCGACAAGGGGCGGAGGACCAGGAACGACGUGGUCUACUACAGCAGCGGAGGUGCUCCGGCGUAUGCUCCUCCGGCGGCAGCAGCGUCGUCCGCCGCCAGCAAAAGCAGCAGCACCGCUGCCAAAGUUGCAGUGGGUGCGGCGGUGGGCGCCAUCGCCGGAGCCGUCAGUAGCAGUGAUGCCGGCGGCGACGCAGGUGGAGAUUGUGGCGGCGGAUGUGGCGGGGGUUGCGGUGGUGGCUGCGGUGAUUGAUGCGACAUAUUUCUGUUCUUGCAAGAUCGGUUGGACCAGUAGACAUCCAAUAAUUUUCUUAGAAAGUGAGCUGGACCUAUCUCUCCCUACAAAUUUAUCAGGAGACCUUUUACUCCACGGAAAAACUUCCUUAUGCUCCUGUGCAUACGAAUACGAGUUAACAAAACGUCAGCGCCCAGAAAUCGAGGGGGGGGGGGGAAUCUCUGGCGAAGGCCAUCUGACGCUCAAGUCAGUAGAAGUCUGGACGGGUGAAUGAAAAACAGUAAGAACGUGCAUGUGAGAGUAAAGUUGCAUAUGUUCAAAGAAGUAUCUCCACCUAAGAGAAGUAUCUCUACUACAAAGAGGAUUCUCCCUUUAUAUACCACCUCUGAUAACUUCUGCAAUCAUGAGAUAACAAAGUGUCAGAGUUUGUUAGACAAUGUAUAAUAAUUAUCUGAGGAAUUUUUCCUUUACCCACAUGUAUAUUUCUUUUGUCGUUUAUAGCUUCUGUUAUUACUGAGGUUGAUG